AACACCGAACUCUCUCAACAAAGGAUAAGAGGGCCUUAGAGAAUAGAUUAGGCCCGUUAUUAUGAACUCCAAAGGGGAUAUGAAUGAACCUGUUACCUUUUGUUCUAGUUUCCAAAAUCCGAAUGGUAGGAAGAUGCAGUAGCCUAGUCCACCUAUCCGAGGUUGAAGAUUUCUUAAUCAAAGGCAGAUUCAAGGAGUUCAAAUUACGAAGGCUUCAAUCCAAUGAACUCCUCUUCAUCUUUAAACAUGAAAAAGACUACCUUCGCUGGUUUUCAAGAAGGAGGUGGAAAAUUAAAGGAUGUAUCAUCACUAUUUGCAAGUGGACGCCGGAGCAUGAACCCUCAGCAGACUCACCUCUCUUCCCUCUUUGGGUUGAGUUGAAGAACUUCCCCAUUCACCUCAAUGACCACAAAGCAAUCUUCUCAAUAGCUUUUGCUCUUGGGAAACCAAUCAAGCUGGACUCCAACUCGGUCAUUGGAGUUAAACCCGACCAGAUUAGGGUCUGCGUUGAGAGAGAACUGUCCAUCCCCUUUCCUUCUCAUAUUCAUCUCAGGCUUGGAACUAAAGAUCUCUGGUUACCCUGCAGAUUUGAAAACCCUCCCCUAUACUGCCCAAUAUGUCACAGACUAAUUUCCCUAAGGAGAGCACAUGAUUUAGACUACUUAUGCAUUUUGGAACCUAUGGUUAACCCUUCUCAGCUUGAAUCCUUCCGUAUUAAACUCAACUUCUCUCAUAGUCUUGGAUCACAAAAUAAUAAGAAAUGGAUCUUCUGGAACGAGUCAUGCUUUAAACUCAUCUCCUUCUCAGAUUUCCCACAAGUAACCAGUUGCCUUUUCACCCUUCAAAUGGACAACUCUCCCAUUUUGAUUUCUGGGGUUUAUGGUGCUCACACGAUCUUGGCUAGGAAGGAGCUCUGGGAGGAACUUUCUACAAUUUGUCCCUCAAACAAACGCUGGAUAGUUGGCGGGGAUUUUAAUGCCAUUACCUCACCACAUGAGUCAAAAGGAACCUGCCCUCCAAACCAACUUAGUAUGGAGGACUUCAAUUCAUGCAUCCUUCACUGCAAACUCAUCAAUCUCGAUCCCAUUGGUAGUACCUUCACAUGGUCAAGUGUACGCUCCCAAGGCAGGACCUGGCGUAGACUAGACAGAGUAAUGAUUCACCUGGACCUUCUCGCCUUCUUUCAAGAUGUGGAGCUUCAUCACCUUGCCAAAGCCAACUCUGAUCACAAACCCAUUCUCCUGCACUGUAAUGACCAGAUUCCCAAUACUCCCAAGCCUUUCAGAUUUCUAAACACCUGGACCCUUCAUGAGAACUUCCUCCAUACUGUCAAGCUUUCUUGGGAAAAUUCCCCUACCACUGGAGGUAUGAGAGGUCUCCUUCAGAAACUUAAAGCUGUGAAGCAAACCCUGAAGAAAUGGAAUAAAGAUACUUUUGGAAACAUUCACUCUAAACUCAAAGAAGCCGAAGCAAGGGCCAACCAAAGCCAAAAAGAAUUCGAGGACUUCCCAAAUGAGGAAAACAUAACUUCUGCUCAAAGGGACAAUGCUGCACUGAUCGUAGCGACGAACAUGGAGAACAAAUUCCAAGCUCCAGCAACUUCCAUUCCUGAUUUGGGCAAUAUUCUGCCCUUUAUCCCUCCUCUCAUCUCCAAUGAAGACAACCUAUUUCUCACUAAGCUCCCAGAUUUGGCUGAGGUAAAAGCAACUGUUUGGGACCUGGAUCCUGACAGCGCAAGUGGCCCGGAUGGCUUUAAUGGUAAUUUUUUUAGGGCUUGUUGGGAUAUAAUCCAACAGGAUGUCCUCACUGCCUCUCAAGAAUUAUUUCUGGGCCUCCCAAUUCCAAAAGGAUAUGGCAGUACCCUCAUCACCUUGAUUCCCAAGAAAGAAAAUCCAAAACGGUUUGAUGAUUUUAGGCCCAUCUCCCUCUCAACCUUUCUCAGCAAAAUUAAUACUAAACUCCUUGCCAACAGACUUAAAAUGAUGCUCCCCAAACUCAUCUCACCAGAACAAGGAGCUUUCCAGAAAGGUAAGUCCAUUGAUGACCAUAUUCUCCUUGCUCAAGAAGCCAUACAUGGACUAGACAGAAAGGUUUUGGGGGGUAACCUUCUCAUCAAAAUAGACAUGGCAAAAGCUUUUGACUACAUGAACUGGAGCUUUCUUGAGGGCACUCUUGGAAAGUUUGGUUUCUCUCAAGUUGCCAGCAAUAUGUUAAUGGCAAACCUCUGGAGCUCCUUCAUUUCUGUCCUCAUCAAUGGUGAACCUCACGGUUUCUUCCCCAUGACCAGAGGAGUUAAACAAGGCGAUCCCCUCUCUCCACUUCUUUUCAUUCUAGGGUUUGAAGCUUUUUCCAGAUACCUAAACCAGUCCAUGGAGAGCAACACUAUCAAGCGCUUCAACUUGGGAAGUGUUAGGAUGCCCAGCCAUCUCAUUUACGCAGAUGAAUUGAUGAUCUUUACAAAAGGGGACAUCCUCAACCUUCUUAAACUUAACCAAAUUCUUAAAGUUUUUAUGCAGGCUUCAGGGCAGCAGAUAAACUUUUCAAAAAGCAGAUUCUACACUCCAAAAUCCACCGCUGCGGAUCAACAACUCAAGAUGGAAAAAGCCAUGUCCAUGAAGUGUGGAAGCCUCCCCUUUACCUACUUGGGAGCCACCUUACGUAGAGGUAAUCGAGCAUUCCGCUUUACUCUGGACACAAAUGCUUCUGGAUUUUUCAUUAGAAUUGUUGAGAAAUUUGAAAAUGGUCAUUCUAUAAUCUUUGUUCCUGAGGACUGUUGCAGGCAUGGGUUUAGAUUAUUUCUUGCAUUUCUCAAUAAAGCAUCUUAUCUACUGCUAAACAAUAAGGGCAAUCUUAAUUUAGCAACACAAAAGGUAGGUGAUUCUACCAAAGAUCAUUUAGAGGCUAUGCCCAAUGAACAAACUCUCAUGUUUGGAAUUCCAAAGCUGAAUGUAGAAGCAAGAAACUCCAAGGCAGGGCCAAGAGCUUUAACAAAUUUGGAAAACAAUGAUACCAUUGUGACAUCUCAAAAGGCCACCCUGGAGAAAUCACAUGUAGGAGACAUGGGUAGCAAUGAGGGAGGCUCAAGUGGUUCAUUUGAUGUGGCGCAAAAAGAUUGGGUAUUUCACGCCAUUACAGGCUCAAUUUGUAAAGGUAAGAAUGACAAGGAGACUUUUAGCCUAAACAAGGAUGACAAUGAGGGUUGUGUUGUUAAUAAGCUGAUAGAAUCCUCUUCACAAGCAUCUCGAAGCUCAACUAUUGAUAAGCUAUCAAUUCAUGCAUCUCCGUUCUAUCCUAGAAAUCCUUUGCCAAAUAACCUAUCUUUGAAGGACAUGAAAGCCCUAAACCUCAAGGCAGAGGAUAUCGGAAAGGACUCGAUGAUGACCAGCAGUUCAUCAAAGAGUCCUGUUGGCAUGUUGGGGACUAGAGUUGAUGACAGUGAUAGUUAUCAUACAUUGGAAGAGGAACAAAAAUGUUGUUUGGGGAUAGGGUCUCGGAAGAAGUUGAUUUAGUAGAGUCUGAGCAAAUUCAUGAAGAUAUUUUUUUUCAAAUUGUGGAAGACUUUGAUCAUAAAGGGAAUGGUAAAAG